AAAUGAGUAUACUACCAGCUAUGCCGAGGCAAGGCCACCAAGGGUUUCCCAACCUUGUUCAGCCGCAGUCACCUCCUGCAUCACCGAAAAAAGCACAACGGAAUAGGAUCCACUUGAUCAGGGACAAAGAUGUCAAAGAUCAUCAUCGGCAGAAGAAUAUCAAAGAGCUGUCGAAGGAGGAAACUGCUCUCUAUCAGAAUUCAUUCAAGCACAGCAUCUGCAUCGAAAUGCUGCGCCAAGGCUAUCACCAGUCUUUCUCAGAACUCUUUACUCUGAUUCACAAGUGGGAUGCCUUAAGGGACGCUGGAGGGCCUGGGUCAGCCAUAUGGCAGCAGAAACCCUUGGAGGAGCAGCACGAGAAACUGGAUCAACUUCAACAUUUCCUGACCAGGGCUGAGGCAGCCCAACGAUCAGGCUACUAUGAAGAGGUUUACAAAAAUCAGUUGGCGCUGGCCCAAUACUUCAAGAAGCUGGAGGACCAUUGGCUUUCAAAUCACUUUUAUGAAUGCUGCUUUCAGACAGCUAAAAAAAUAAAAAAUGAUGGAGGAAGAAGAGAAGCCGAGGCCCAUGCAAACCUGGCACUUGUAGACGAAGAGCACGGUCAGUUGGAGAAGGCUGCUGAACAUUAUGAGGCAUUCUAUCAUCUGACAGUAGGCCGGAUAUGGAAGGAUGAGACAGGCCGCACUCACAACUCACUGGCCUGCGAGAACCUCUGGAGAAUAUAUACAUUGCUAUCAGACAAAAUGCUAGAGAAUAAAGAAUGGCAACAGGCCAUCAAAACUCUAAUAAAAGCACUUGAUAUGGCAAGAGAAGGCUGUGAUAAAAAAAUGGAAGGUGAAGCAGCUUAUCAACUGGGAUUAGCGCAUAUAUCAUCUGGAAAUCCCCAAAUUGCAAUCAAAUCUCUUACGGCUUACAUGGAAAUCUCUAAAGAGCUUGGAGAUAAUGUUGGGCUAGGAAAAGCAUACGAAGCAAUGGCAAAAGCUCUGGAAAGCCAAGGAAAAAUUGUUGAAAGCAUUGAGUAUUUGGAAAAUUUCAUUGAAGUUGCCAAAGUUAGCAAUUUAAGCCAAAGCCUUGCUGAAACAUGUAUCUGCUUGGGAGACAUUUUUAAUGCACGAGCGAACUAUGAGAAAGCGUGUCAGUAUUUUUCUCAAGCUUAUGAAACUGCAGUCAAUCUCGGGGAAAUACCACUGAUAGAAGAGGCACAAGUUCAUUGCGGCAUUGCAAAGGCACAUAGGAUGAUGCUGGCAGUGAGCAGACACACAGAGGCUGCAGAUUAUGUCAGCAUGGAGUACCUGCUGGCAUGGAAAAAGAACAGAAGUGACAUGUUCAGUGACCCAGCAAAUAUCGCCAGAUUGGUUCCUAUUGAAGCUGAUUCAUCGAAAUCCCUUGGAGAUGGAACUGAAACCACUUUUUAAAACUCUUGAUGCGAAUAAGCAACAGUUUUCUAAGGAAGAAUUUGUAACACCUACAUAAAGCUUGUGGAUAAAUGCAGUUUUUUGUAUUG